AUGGCUGCCGAGUCGAAGAUGCAAUACGUCAACCUGGGCAAGUCUGGCCUCAAGGUCAGCAAGGUCAUCCUCGGCGCCAUGUCGUACGGCUCGAGCGAGUGGCAGGAGUGGGUGCUGAACGAAGCCGACGCGCUGCCCCUCCUGAAACACGCCUACGACAACGGCAUCAACACGUGGGAUACCGCGGACAUAUACUCGCACGGCCGCAGCGAGGAGAUCGUCGGCAAGGCGCUCAAGCAGUACUCGAUCCCGCGCGAAAAGGUGGUGAUCCUGUCCAAGUGCUACUUCGGCGUGGCCGAGGACGGCACGCAGCCGCCCAUCGCGGCGACGGGCGCCAACGACGGGGCCGAGUACGUCAACCGCGUGGGCCUGUCGCGCAAGCACAUCCUCGACGCCGUCGAUAAGAGCGUCGCGCGCCUGGGCACCUACAUCGACGUGCUGCAGAUCCACCGCCUCGACCGCGACACCCCCAAGGAGGAGAUCAUGCGUGCCCUGAACGACGUCGUCGAGAGCGGCAAGGUGCGGUACAUUGGUGCGAGCUCGAUGGCAGCAUGGGAAUUCCAGCUCCUCCAGUCCAUCGCCGCGACGCACCACUGGCACCGGUUCAUCUCGAUGCAAAACUACCACAACCUGCUCUACCGCGAGGAGGAGCGCGAGAUGAUACCCUACUGCCGCGCCACGGGCGUCGGCCUCGUGCCGUGGUCGCCCGUCGCGCGCGGCGCCCUCGCCCGCCCCUUCGCCUCGCGCGGCGCCACCCUGCGCGACCGCACCGACAACUUCCUCAACGCCAUGGUGCGCGGCCGCGAGGGCGAGGCCGACGCCGACGCCGCCAUCGUGGGCCGCGUCGAGGAGCUCGCCGGCAAGCGCGGCGUGAGCAUGGCCGCCGUCGCCACCGCCUGGGUGCUGGCCAAGGGCGAGUGCCCCAUCCUGGGCCUGUCCACCAAGGAGCGCAUCGAAGAGGCGGUGAGGAACAGCAACUUCGUGCUGAGCGACGACGAGAUCAGGUAUCUCGAGGAGCCGUAUAGGCCAAAGGCCAUCGUGGGCUACUGA